AUGGCCUACAGGCCGCGAAGCCCUGCCGGGUACGAGGGCCGUCGCGACAACGACGCCAGCCCUCCGCCUCCUGCGCGUUGGAGCCUCGGACGCAAGCGCACGGCCGACGGGAGGCGCCGGAAGCCCGAAGACGCCGAGGGCCUCGCCAGGCCGCCCAGCGGUCACAGACCCGACAGCUUUACCACUCCCGAAGGCCCUAAGCCCCGUUCUAGAUGUUCAGAUUGGGCAAGUGCAGUGGAAGAAGAUGAAAUGAGGACCAAAGUUAAUAAAGAAAUUGCAAGAUAUAAAAGGAAACUCCUCAUAAAUGACUUUGGAAGAGAGAGAAAGUCGUCAUCAGGAAGUUCGGAUUCGAAGGAGUCUGUGUCCGCAUUGCCAGCCGACUUGGAGACGGAUGAAAGUGUCCUGAUGCGGAGACAGAAGCAGAUCAACUAUGGGAAGAACACCAUCGCCUACGACCGCUACAUUAAAGAAGUCCCCAGGCACCUUCGACAGCCUGGCGUUCAUCCCAAAACCCCCAACAAAUUCAAGAAGUACAGUCGGCGGUCAUGGGACCAGCAGAUCAGACUCUGGAAGGUGGCUCUGCAUUUUUGGGAUCCCCCAGCUGAAGAAGGAUGUGAUUUGCAAGAAAUACAUCCUGUGGACCUCGGGGAGAUGGAGACUGAGUCCGCAGAAAGCAGCUCUGAGUCCCAGACGAGCUCUCAGGACAACUUUGACGUGUUCUGCGGCACCCCCACCAAAGUCAGGCACAUGGACCGCCAGGCAGGGGACGAGUUCGAUUUGGAGGCCUGUUUAACCGAGCCGCUGAGAGACUUCUCGGCCAUGAGUUCACCGGCACCCCCUGCAGGCCAGCUGCCCGGCAUGCAGCCUCGUUUACGUGGUCGGCUUAUCGGGGUUGUCAUCCUCAGCUCGCGCCGCUCCUGCACCAGGAUAUUGUCUUUCCUGCUGGCCCGUCGGGACCCUGCCAUCAAGUUGCUGACCCUCUGCCUCUCUGGGAGGAAGAUGCUGAUGGCACCUCCCACGCACGUCAACAUGCAGCAGGUGGAAUGUGGCCUGUGUCGGUGCCAGCUCCACCUUCUCCAGCUGUGUGACGGGGCCUCCGUGUCCCCGUGGGCGCGACCGGACAGUAGUACCUACCAGCAGGCCAGCCCUGAGGAUUACAGGAGAGAGAGCACGUCGUGA